CAGUGACGUCAGUCCUUUAAACUUUAGAGGGAAAAUUGACGUCACAAAAUUUAAACUGACAUUUCCUUCUUGUCGCUACCACUUCUGACUUUGGAGCGGUGUUCAAAUCUCUUGUCAUUUGGGCUGAAAGUGCUACUAGUCUUCAAAAACAUGCGUGAAGUAAUCUCAAUCCAUACUGGUCAAGCUGGAGUUCAGAUUGGCAAUGCCUGUUGGGAGCUGUACUGUCUGGAACAUGGAAUCCAGCCAGACGGACAGAUGCCAUCGGACAAGACCAUUGGAGGGGGAGACGACUCCUUUAACACCUUCUUCAGUGAAACAGGAGCAGGAAAACAUGUACCAAGGGCUGUGUAUGUCGAUCUGGAACCGACGGUGAUCGAUGAAGUGCGAACGGGUACAUAUCGCCAACUUUUCCACCCCGAGCAGCUGAUUACUGGGAAGGAAGAUGCCGCCAACAACUAUGCGCGCGGCCAUUACACCAUCGGAAAAGAAAUUAUCGAUCUUGUUCUUGAUCGAAUUAGGAAACUAGCGGACAUGUGCACCGGUCUUCAGGGCUUCCUCAUCUUCCACAGUUUUGGGGGAGGCACUGGAUCAGGUUUCGCUUCUCUCCUUAUGGAACGCCUCUCAGUGGAUUAUGGAAAAAAGUCCAAGCUGGAGUUUGCUGUGUAUCCUGCUCCUCAGGUAUCGACUUCUGUGGUGGAGCCUUACAACUCUAUCCUGACCACACACACUACACUCGAACACUCCGACUGCGCCUUCAUGGUAGACAACGAGGCCAUCUACGACGUCUGCCGUCGCAACCUGGACAUCGAGCGUCCUACUUACACCAACCUCAACCGCCUCAUUAGUCAGAUUGUCUCUUCCAUCACCGCAUCCUUGCGCUUUGACGGCGCUCUUAACGUUGACCUUACGGAAUUCCAGACGAACCUCGUGCCGUAUCCCCGUAUACAUUUCCCGUUGUCAACUUAUUCCCCUGUCAUUUCUGCGGAGAAGGCCUACCACGAGCAGCUGACUGUUGCUGAGAUCACAAACGCCUGCUUCGAGCCGGCCAACCAGAUGGUGAAGUGUGACCCACGUCACGGCAAGUACAUGGCCUGCUGCUUACUGUACCGCGGUGACGUCGUGCCCAAGGAUGUCAACGCCGCCAUCGCUACUAUUAAGACAAAGCGCUCCAUCCAGUUCGUAGACUGGUGUCCGACAGGCUUUAAGGUGGGCAUCAACUACCAGCCACCCACGGUGGUACCAGGAGGAGACCUGGCUAAGGUGCAGCGUGCUGUGUGUAUGCUGAGCAACACCACCGCCAUUGCCGAGGCCUGGGCACGACUGGACCACAAGUUCGACCUGAUGUACGCCAAACGGGCCUUCGUGCACUGGUACGUGGGGGAAGGCAUGGAGGAGGGCGAGUUCUCCGAGGCACGAGAAGAUCUGGCGGCCCUGGAGAAAGACUACGAGGAGGUCGGCAUUGACUCAGUGGAAGCCGAAGGAGAAGAGGAGCAUCUGAAGGAUAUUAAAGAAGCCAGCUUAUUAGCUGUCCUGACCGCAUUCUUUUUGACCCAAAGAUGGAGAUGGAUUUCAAGGAGAGAAGAGGUGUUGUUCUUACCGUAAAAGGAAGCAGACAAGAAUUUGUUGUCGCAUUCCCAGACAAUCUUUAACACAACUGCAGAAAAUAAUAUUCUGCAGAAUCCUACAUACCGACAAUAGUCUGAGCAGAUUGACGUCAUAUCUAACAAUAGUUCCAUUAGACAAAAGUAAAUUUGCAUUUUUAUCUCUAAAUAUUUUGAUGUUUGCUGUAACCAGUUUCGGUUUUCGUUUGGAAAGGGGAGACUUCAUCUUCACAAGUUCAAUAAAAAAAUUUUGUAUUCCUAUCAAUGAA